AUGGGGGCCCCGCGUCUCCGUGGAGCUGCGCCCCCCGCGCGCGCCCCCCUGGGCCUGGGGCGCGCCGAGCUCUUCCUGCGCGAGGCGGGGCGCGGGCCCCCCCGGGCGGCGGGCACCCCGAGGCCCCCAGAGGCGGCGGCGGGGGCGAGCGGCCGCGCGGGCGGCGCCCCCGAGGCCCGCGGGGCCGGGGAGGACCUGGACUCCGAGUCCCGGGUCCGAGAGAAGGUGCUCUUCCUUCUCCACCCGGAGCGCGGGCAGCGGGCUCGCGGGGACCCGGCGCGGGAGGAGGGCGCGGACCGGGAGGCCCAGGGGUGCCCUCCCGCUCACUCACCCCGGGAGACGCGGGCUCCCCCCGCGGCGCGGCCGCCCAGCGUGCUGGUGCGGGUGGAGGACUACCGGGCCACGGAGGAGGUGCAGCUCACCGAGUGGGCGCGGGGCUGCCUGGCCACCCGCACCGCGGAGCGCGCCGUGACCGUGCUCACCUUCCGCACCGGCGGCGACGCGGGCUGCGGGGCGCAGGGACCCCCGGGCUGCGGAGAGACCGACUUUCCUCGGCCACGAAGCCCCAGAAGGUGAACCGAGGAGGGAACCAGGAGGUGAACCAGGAGGUGAACCAGGGAGCCGGAGCCGGAGCGAUGUGCGGGGCGGGGGGGUGAGCGCAGAUCUUCGGGAACCGAAAACGCUCCUCCCGGAACCCCCGCCCGCAACGGACCGACCGCAACCGAGAACUGGCCGCGGGGCUGGCGGUGCUGGGAAAGGAGAAUUGUAAGCAAAUACUACCUCUUUGUGACUUCAUUACUGUGAGGGUCUCAGACCCGCGUCGUUCGGAAGGAGCGGGUGUUUUGAAAUUAACAGAAUGCGGGGCUUUUUGAAAUAAGACGAUCUGUUGUUCAUUCCCAUGUUGCAAUACCCCGCACUCAUCUGGUUUCUGCUAACUCGCAUUCUCUUUAAGACUCCAAAGCAGGACGUUUUAUAAAAGCUGAAAAAGUAAAACAGAGCAGCAAGCAAACAGCGCUGCCUUUCUGCUGGCGUGUGCACUUUUUUUCUGCUUUCGCGGUUCGGUGUUAGAGAGAACGCAGAGGAGCUGCGAAUGGAGCUCCCACGGGGAAAUGCCACUUCAAGGAGCUUUACCCCGAAGUGUCCACUUUAGGCCAGUGAAAAGGCUUUGCAUCUGAAAAUGUUGAUUGUCUGAAUGUUUAACACACCCAGAUAAAGCUUCUGAUCUGAAGGUGGAAAUGUAUAGUUUGCUAUAAAAUGACUGUAUAUAUUUUCCAUGUCCAGGGUUAUUUUAUUAAUAAGCUAUGUAGUCAAGACCAUAUUGAAAAUACUUCUGAUGCUGUUGAAGACACAUUUCUUCUGGUGCUUUGGAAAGAAUUCAUUUUUAUUCCACUUAUUCCUCUUUUUAUUAAGUUCCAUCUUUAUUA